AUGCCGCGGGAAUACCUGGCCCAGGUGAUGCCCGUCCUGCCCGGCCCCUCCCGGGCAUCAGUGCCCCCGUUUCCCAUCUGGGCGCCCCGAGGCGAGUCCAGCCCGGGCUCCAGGCAGAUCCAGCUGUGGCACUUCAUCCUGGAGCUGCUGGAGAAGGAGGAAUUCCGCCACGUCAUCGCCUGGCAGCGGGGAGGGGACGGCGAGUUCGUCAUCAAGGACCCCGAGGAGGUGGCCCGGCUGUGGGGGAGGAGGAAGCGCAAACCCCAAAUGAACUACGACAAGCUCAGCAGGGCCCUCAGGUAUUACUACAACAAGCACAUCCUGCACAAGUCCAAGGGCAAACGCUUCACCUACAAGUUCAACUUCCCCAAACUCCUGUUCCUCGGGUGGGAUUCCCGCUGCCCACCCUGGUACCCCCCGGCUGUGCCCGGACAGGUAGGGGGGGGUGCUGGGGGUCCCCUCCUGGCCGGGGAACUCCCCCCCCCCGGGGACGGGUCGUGCUCCCACAAACCCCCCUUCCCCGCUCCAGGUGCUGCCGGGAUUCCCGCCGGGAUUCCCGCUGGGACAGCGGGGGCUGGUGGAGCCCCCGCGCUGGUUUUGGGGUCCCUGGGACCCCCGGAACGCCGGGAUGCUGGAGAAGAGGGGGGGCGAGGCCAGGAUGUCAGCACCCAGCGGCUGUGCCUGGGAGACAGGACGCGGCCCCCACCCGGGAGCAGGGAUUUGCCCUCCCGUCCCGUUUGGACUCUGUCCCGGCCCCAAUCCCGGCUGGAAGGGCUCCAGGGCCGGGAGCUGGAUCCAGUGCCCGGCUCUCCUGCGGAGCGCAGCCCUGGGAUGGGCCGGAUCCGGCCCCGGGAUGGACUCGUGGAGUCCUGGGAUGGACACAUGGGGCCUCGGGACGAGCUGUAUCCAGCUCUGGGGUGGACGCGUCUAAUCCCGGGAUGAGCUGCACCCACGCGGGACGGACACACGGAAUCCUGGGAUGCGCCAGAGCCAGGCCUGGGAUGGACACGGCGAUGGACAAAGGGCAGGAACCAGUUCCCCCACAAUAAACCAGUUUGGGGAGAGGGGUCUGCCUGUUCUCCCCCCAAAACCGGUGUGUCCCCCCCCUCAAAGCCACUGUCCCCACGGAGGGGCCGCCACGUCCGCGCCCCCAAAUUCCCCGGGAUGGGAGAAGGGGAUUUCGGGGG